CUUGCGCGGCUAUGUUGGGGAAGAUGGCGGCUGCACGGCAGCUAUAAAGCUUGUUAUUGACACAAUUUGUGGAAUAUUUCCAGCUCAGCCAACUUUAUUGUGCAGGUAUUCUUUCGGGGAUGCCCCGGAGUCCACACCGUACAACCGGACAAUACAGACAACAUCCAAGGUACUGACUGGUUAAGAUGGCGACUGGCGGAGCUCCGUUUGAUGACUGUGCGGACGAGCAGGAGCUGCACAGCUGGACCAUCGCCAACGGCAGUCUGGACGACAGGCUCAAUAACAUGGAUUGGGGCGUGCAGCAGAAGAAGCCUAACCGCUCCUCUGAGAAGAACAGGAAGAAGCUCUCCACCAUGUCCGAGAGCCGGCUGACCAACGACAUCUCUCCGGAGUCGACGCCAGGGGCGGGCCGCAGACGGGCCAGAACGCCCCACUCCUUCCCACACGUGAAAUACACUACACAGAUGUCCGUGCCCGACCAGGCCGAGCUGGACCGGCUGCGCCAGCGGAUAAACUUCACUGACCUGGAUGAGAGGAGCAUCGGCAGCGACUCUCAGGGCCGAGUCACUGCAGCGAACAACCAGAGGCAGCUGUCGUCUGAGACCAAGAAACCCUUUAAUUUAUCACUACACGUCAACACUAACAAGAGCAAGGAGCCCCCUGCCGCUGUGCCCACCACGCCGGGGGGUAAGGAGCCGAAGAAGCAAAGUCCGGGGAAGGGUCUGUUUGUCCCGAUGCCCACCGUGCAGGUUAAGGAGCCGUGUGGGCUGGACCGAAACUCCGGGACCACCGUGGAAGACCGGAGAGGAGAGCCAGUUAUCGACAGCAGCCAGGUGGUUAGCAAGCUGGUGCAAAUCCGCGAGUACAUCAGCAAGGCCAGCUCCAUGAGAGACGACCUGCUGGAGAAGAACGACGUUCCAGCCAACGUCGAGCGGCUCUCUCACCUAAUCACCCACCUGAAGGAGCAGGAGAAGUCCUACCUGCGCUUCCUGCAGAAGAUGCUGGCGAGAGAUAAUGAGGAAGAUGAUGAGGAGGAUGAAGGUGCCACGGUGGACUCGGCGGUGGGCUCGGGCUCGAUGGCCGAGAGCACGUCUCUGAACUUAGAGCCGCGUUCCGAAGCCUCAGACGCCACCGGCUGUGGGAUGCGAGGGGAGCAGAAGGAGGAGCUGGAGAACCUGCGGAAGCAGCACGACCUCCUUCAGAAGAUGCUGCAGCAGCAGGAGCAGCUGCGGGCGCUGCAGGGCCGUCAGGCCGCUCUGCUCGCCAUGCAGCACAGCGCCGAGCACGCCAUCGCUGCUAUGGACGACACCGUCGUGACAGAAACUACGGGAAGCGUGUCCGGCAUCAGCAUCACUUCAGAACUUAACGAGGAGCUCAAUGACCUGAUCCGACGCUUCCACAACCAACUGCAUGACUCCCAGGCGGUCCCUGAUAACAGGCGUCAGGCUGAGAGUCUCUCUCUCUCCAGAGAGGUGUGCCGCUCUCGCACUACCCACAGUCCUCGGGGACAGCUGCCACCCGCCGCCGCCGCGUCCUCUGCUAGUGCCAAGCUCACUAAACUGCAGGAGCUCCAGGACAAGAAGCAGACAAUGGACAAGAUCCUACAGGAGCUCCAUUCACUCCGAGACCAGACGCUCAACAACAGCUCCUGCCGUAGCGUGUCUCAGCGAGCCGUGUGUGCCGGAGUAUCGGAGCGUCCGUCAGUGUUGGGGCGCGAAGGGAACAGCGCCGGUGCAGCGCGACAGGAGUCGUCCUCUUACGAUGAUGACGGCCAUCCAGCUGAAAAACUCAGGAAGCUCAAGGAGGUGCACAAGAGGCUGAACGAGCUGAGAGAGCUGGUUCAGUACUACGAGCAAACCUCCGACAUGAUGGUGGACGCAGUCAAUGAGAAUGUAAACGACGAUGAGGAGGAAGCAACGGAGGAUGGGUCCCUUUUUGAAGCGAUGUUUGACUCUGAGCAAGAGAACAGAGAGCCGGUCACUACCAUCAGGAACCCAGCCCAGCCGCAGGCUGCAGGUAACUGGAUGGACAUGAACACUCUGACCAACGCCUGCAGCAGCUCCAACAACAGAGACGGACGUCUCAACUCUGACUGUGAAAUUAACAACCGCUCUGCUACGAACCUGCGCAGCCUCAACAUCCCUUCUGCUAUUGAGUGUCAGUAUAACAGAGACGGCCCUUACAACGGCGCAAAGAACGGGAACGGUGACGGAGACGAGGGCGAGGAGGAUGAUGGCGUCGAGGAGGAAGUCGGCGCGAGGCGAAGGAGAGACAGUUCGGGUUCAGGCUCGAGCCGCAGGAGCAGCAUCGGCGAGGACGCGGAGUUCGCUCAGAAGGUCCACCGCCUCCAAACGGCCAAGCAGAAACUCCGACAGCUCCAGGAACUCGUCGCCAUGGUGCAGAGUGAUGAUACAGAUGGUACUGCGGCCAAUGAGGAUGAAGGCUUGCACCAGCAGCCCAAUAACACCAGAGAAACGGCACCCAAAGCCAAAAGAGAGCUUUCUCUCUCGGACAAGGCCAGGGAGAAGCUUUAUGAGGAGAAGCUGAGGCAGCAGCAGCAGGAGCUGAAGCAGCUUCAUGAAGAGAGACAGAGACUGAUGGAGAUUCAGGGAAAAAUACAGGACCUGCAGUGGGCCUGCCCUGAUUUACAGUCGUCGAUCUCCAGCAGCACCAGCGGCGCGGUGAUGAAGAAGCUCCCGGCUGCAGCCUCCACUCCGGCUCCUGCACCUGUAACGGCUGCUUCUGCUGCCAAGAGCAAUGCGGCGGUCCUCAAACCCACGACCGAGCCUGCCCCAGUGGCGGUCACUGACAAUGAGCUGUGGUCAGAGAUGCGCAGGCACCAGGUGCUGAGGGAGGAGCUGAGGCAGCGGAGAAAGCACCUGGAGAGUCUAAUGGCGGAGCAGCAGAGGAGGAGUGCGCUCAGUGACUCCCCCUACAGGAGCGACAAGCACACUACACGCAAUUACAGCCGCGACGAGAGGACCAUGGCAACAUGGGGUGGCUCCACACAGUGCCCCCUGGGUGAGGAAGAUGACGAAGACUUCAUGUCUGAGCCUGGGGCAGAGGAAGAGGAGGAGAAUGAGGAAGACGAGGGAGAAGAAACCAGCUCCAGUGAUGAUCUUCACUCAUACUCCAACAGAAAACAGCACAGCUCCAGCAACAGGAAGAACAGUGAUGGCGUGAAGGUUGUUGACGAGCUGUCAGGCCGUCCCUCCCCCCGCCACCCUCGGCCGCAGCACCGUCAGCAGAGCGAGAGGGAGAGGGCUUGUCCCAGAUCCGGAACAAGGAGACAGGAGAACCUGCGCUGGGCCGCCGAUCUCUCCGCUUCCGAGGGCACAGCACACACUCACUGGCAGGAGCAGGUCACACAGCUGCAGAAACAGCUGGACUUCAGCACGACCAUGUGCCAGACGCUGCUGCAGGACCAACAGACCCUAUCAUGCAUGCUGCAGUCAGUGUUGACGGGGCCGUACAACGUGCUGCCGAGCAACCUGGCCUCCCCGCAGGUUCCUCUCAUCAUGCAUCAGCUCAACCAGUGCUACACACAACUCGCCUGGCAACAAAACAAUGUCAACAGGCUGAAGCAAGUUCUCAGUGAGCUUCUCCGGCAGCAGCAGCAGCAGCAGCAGUCGUCAGGGCAACAGCAACAGCCGUCGUUGUCAGGGCAACAGCAGCAUCAGACUGUAGCUCAGGAUUCUGUGUCUUCAUCACUGUUUUUCCCUUUUCCUCCUGUCAACCCACUCGGCAUGUCUGGAAUUGCCAACUUCUCCCAGAUGUCUACUGGUUUCAACCUCUCUUCACUGUUCCCAUCAGCGGGGCCAGAGGUCCAGCAGAUGUCCGGCGUUCAAGCCAGUCCUGAUCAGCAGCAUCCCGACAUGUCCCUGAAAACAGAGUACAUGAGCUUCCCUCCACCGCUGCAGAGGACUCCACUCAACAACGCUGACAAACGCUCUCAGUGUGAGCCUCAUGGCACCAGCUGGUUAAACUCCUCCCUAAACAGGUCAUGCGACCAGCGUGCUGCCGUCCCCACUGACCACGGUCAGUCUCAGCUGGACUCUCCCACGUUGUCUCCGGCUCCCCUCGCCCCCAACUAUGCACCAGAGUCGCAGGACUCUCUGAGCAGCCUGCCGGACCGGGCUGACCCCACCACAGUGACCAAAACAUUCAGACUGGGACGAAAGGCCUCUGCUCAGGCCAGACUGGCCUCCAGAGACAAAACCCCCAAGAGCCGCCGUAGGAGGGGCAAGGGCCACAAAAACACGGUUGGUUUGGAGUCCGACAGCGCAUCAAGUGCCACGGAGUUUGGCCCAGAGAGGGAACGGGAGCGUUCGUCUCAGCCGAAACCGCGGGAUACGAACCAGAGCCUCCUGGACAAACUCACCCAGGAAAAGCUGGACAGCAAAACCAAGAACAGCAAACACAACGACGUCUCUUCAGACGCCAGCAGUGAUUUCUCCCUGUUUGAGGCUCUGAGAGAGACCAUCUAUUCUGAGGUGGCCACGCUGAUCUCCCAGAACGAGUCUCGUCCUCACUUCCUCAUCGAGCUCUUCCAUGAGCUGCAGCUGCUCAAUACCGACUACCUGCGCCAGAGGGCGCUGUACUCACUGCAGGAUAUCGUGACCAGGCACCUGACGGAGAAGAGUGUUGCGGAGGAACGGGGGUCGUCACUCGGCCCAGCAGUGUGGGCCACAGGGUCACAGUCUGAACUCACUCCCAGCGAGAGCCUGGCCACUACUGAUAACGACGUGUCCGAGAAGGAUGUGAGCGUGAACGUUGGGAAGAGCACUCAAAAUGGAGAUUCGGUGGAUAACGAGAGCCUGAUGUCCACGUCCUCCAACCUGGAGCCGUUCGCCAGCGAUGAUCUGGGCAACACAGUAAUUCACUUAGAUAAGGCUCUGGCCCGUAUGCGGGAGUUUGAGCGCAUGAAGCUAAAGGCGGAGUCUGCUGUCCCUAACGCUGAGCUUUCUAGUGCUGCUGCUGCUGCUGCUGCUGAUUCGGCUUUUACUGAAGGUCAGUCCUCCACGGACGUGCGCUGUCCUCAGAUCGACACGCAGCAGCUGGACAGACAGAUCAAGGCCAUCAUGACUGAAGUCAUCCCCUUCCUGAAGGAGCACAUGGGGGAGUUGUGUUCUCCACAGCUGCUGACGUCGGUGAGGCGCAUGGUGCUGACGCUGACUCAGCAAAACGACGACAGCAAAGAGUUCAUGCGCUUCUUUCACCGACAGCUCGGAGGCAUCUUACAGGACUCUCUGAGUAAGUUUGUUGGCCGCACGCUGCAGGACUGCGGUGAAGACCUGCUGGUGGAAAUCUCCGAGAUCCUCUUUAACGAGUUGGCCUUCUUCAGGCUCAUGCAGGACAUUGACCAGAACACACACCGGCCCAAGAGACGCAGCGACCCCACACCAUCAAAACACACUCCCACCACCACUGAGGUGAAGAAGUCUGGAGAAGCAGAAAAGACCUUUUCGCCAUCAUAUUUCGACGAGGAUAAAGACCGGGAUGAGACCGAGCAGGGAGGAACGCCCCACAGCACUGAAGGAGAAAGGGAGCAAACGGAAGAGAAAGACAAACACAGCAGCGAAGCUUCAGAAGGGGAGGAGGAGGAGGAGGAAGAGGACGAGGAUGAAGGAGAAGGGCUGCCCCUCUCCAUUAGCCUGUCGAAAGCAGAGACGCAGGCGUUGAAUAACUACGGCAGUGGGGAGGAUGAGAACGAACUGGAGGAAGUGGAGGAGUUUGAGGCCGGACCUGUGGAAGUGCAGACCUCACUGCAGGCCUCAGACUGCGCAACAGAACAGACACAGUGCAGUGAAGAUUUACCAAACGGAGCCGUUCAGGAGUCCAGAUCGGACCAGGAGAGUACAGAAAGCAACGAGGUUAAAAGCACUAAAUCGGAGUCCAUAGAGGUGGUGGACUCUCCGGAGGAGGAGCGGGAGGCAGGAGCUGCAGAAAUGGAGAGGAAGGAAGAUUCUGCUGCCCCCGCUGCCCCCCCAGGUCCAGAAGCCCCUUUAGCACAGGAGAGUGCUCAGGGGUUUGCGUCUGCCACUGCCAGCCCUCAGACAGACUCUCCUGUUAUGGUCAAUGCUGAUGAGGUUGGAUCCGGAAACGCGAGUCAGAAAUCGGACGAGGAGGAUUUCGUGAAGGUUGAAGACCUCCCUCUUCAGCUGUCCGUGAUGUGUGAGGAGGAGCUGCGUAAGAGGAUCACGGCCGAACAGAGGAACAAUAACCUCUCUGCAGAGAUUCUGAACGGGGCUACGGAUGGAAUGACUGGACUUGUGGGCAACGCACACGCUCUCAAAGAGCCAGAAACCAUCGGAGCCCAGAGCGCCUGAAAACGGCCUUUUUAACAGCUCGUCCUCGCGGUGACACUACAGAAGGAUCAUCUUCACUCUUAUCCAAUGUGAUUUGACUCUUCACCACUUCAUCUUGGAGCAUAAGUUCAGCCGAAGCCUUGCCGACGUAGAGCGCUGUUGCGUUUCAGUGGCGUUUAUCCAAGCUUAUUUUACCGGCUCACAGGUCAAGGCUCUGUAAGUCUUAGCUGAUUUUACGUUGAAUGUUUUAGAGCGGUUCUAGACCUUCUAUGAAAAGGGGGAGUGAUUUUUACUCUGUGUUGCUCUUAUUUUCCUCUUCUCUUAAAGCCAAGCCUCACACUGGAAACGUUUUUACCGUCGCGGCGGCUCCUGUUACGAAACCUGAAGUUCGUUUUUUUUUUUUUUUUCUUUCUUUCUCUCCCUCUACGUUUCGUCCUUCCUUGGCAUGUUUUAUUUUUGUUUUCUUUUAACUCUGUGCCUGACUAAACGGCCCACAGCCUCCUAAAUAUGCACUUUUGACCCUGGAAAAAAAAAACAGGUUAUAAACAUGAAGGCUUAAGGUCAGCUGGAUGUUCAAGACCCUGGAAUCAAAUUGAGGGCCGUUGUUUUUUUUUCUGGUCGUCUCUCAAAUUGGCUGAACGUGACCGUGAACAGAGAGCUGGUUUUGGAGGGGAAACGUGAGCAACGAUCUGCGCUUCUUUCUCCUCCGUGUCCCAUGUGGGUGAAGUUUCGGCCUUAAUGCGCUCUUUACUGUGUGUGUUCGCUCUACAUUCUUACCGUUUCCUCUUUCUUUUCCCUUCUUUUUAAGUCUUUCUCAGUGCUUUGGGUUCUCUCGCCCCGUUCAGUUGUUUUUCUUGGAUGUUAAUGACAAGGUUUUAAGAAAAUUAAUAAAAUGUUAAUUUUUACCUUUUCCCUCUGAA